AUGGCGCAUGAAAAGCAAGAUGUCGAAUUGGCAAUGAACUUGCCAGACGCUCCUCCUAUGAAGCAGUCGGUGCGGUCUUUCAAGAAGAAAUAUGCAAAGAUGAAGGUCAAAUUCGAAUUAGGAAUUAGAGAGAAUGAGAGUCUGAUCCGCGAGGAGCUACGUAUCGAGGACCUUUCCAAGCGCAUUCAAGAACAGAAUGAUCAACUUCUUGAGGUGCUUCUUGAAUUCAAUGACAGUCUUCAUGUGUCUCCCACUCUCCGUUACGAUUUGGCCAUGCCAGACGACACCUCCUUUUUGCCGCCGGGCGAAAACUCUGGUAUUGCAUCUCUUAUAAAUGAUGAAACGCUCGCCCGAAGCGCGUUGAAAGAGGCCAAAGCUAGGCUGGCCAAUGGCAGCUUCCCAACGAAUGCCUACCGCCAGGUUGAAGACAGCAUCAAACGGAACAAAGCAUUUCUCCCAGCCCAGCAGUAUAGCACUCUAGCUAAACUGUCACAUACCCCCGGGAGCUCGCUGGAACAAGAGAAAUUGCCCACUGGAGUUGAGCGGACACUGGGAUACUUUACUCCGGAGCAUGAGACAGAGUACUACUUGGCCUUGGAUGCUAAGCUGGGCGAUGAGGCAGCAGCCAUACAACUCGCGCGGAUUCCUGAUCCUCCUACAUUUGCUGAGCGCGAAAAGGAAGCUUCGGCUCGGAACCCGGCGUCAGUUGCCAACUGGUUGCGUCGUAAUCAACCUCAAAGCAUGCAGGAUCACGAGGCGGCCUCCGAUAAGUCUGCAUCAAGACCGUCGAACAGUCGAUCCAAACGAGCACCAGUACAGAAGAAAGAGGAGGAGGUUGACGAAGAUGGAAUGGACGUGGAGCCAACACCCAAGAACAAGCGUAAGCGUGAUGAAGAUACUGGAUACAGACCAAAGGGUGGUAAUAACAGAUCCAAAAAGAAGAAAGAUGAUGCGACGCCUCCUUCCAAUCGAAACGUCAAGAAGACCUGA